AAAACAUUAGUCCGUUUGGUGCAUUGUGCAUGUAUAUCUUUUUUACUUGUUUCAUGUUUAUAAAGAAAUUAAACAGGAAAGAAAUAUUAAUGACCCUUAAUAUUGCACGUGAUUUUAUAUUUCAAGAGAAUGAACUACAUAAUUGAUUUAGAAAACAUUAAGCAUAAAUGUAGAGUAUGCUUAACACCUAGCAAUCAAAUGAUUUCCCUCACUUGUAAAUUAGAGGAAGAAAAUGAUGAAAGCCCAGAAAUAUAUACUGCCCUGGAAAAUAUAUUUUCAGUUAAGGUUAAUAUUGAUCCCAAGUAUCCUGAAGGAGUUUGUCUCAUAUGCUACAGAAGAAUUAAAAUAUCAUACAGCCUAAAGACGACAUUUAAAAAAUCACAGUAUAUUUUAGAUAAAUAUGUUUCUCUAUUAAAAAGUGAGAAUUCUGAUAACAACUAUGCUGCUGAAGUCUCCCAAACUCAAGAAGAAUCAUUAGAAGAGGACAAAAGUGAGUUGGAAAUUGAUCCUGAAGAUUUUGUCAAACAAGAGCUAAUAGGAGAAGAAUUAACCGAUUAUGUGAUUUUGCAAGUAACUGAUGAUAAUGAGGAGGAAGAGAAUAAAACACAAGAAGAGGAUAUUUUAAAAGAUGAAAUAGAUGAAAAAUUUGAUAGCGUAAAUAGCAAAAUAACCGAAUUCCUUAAUCCAAAUAAAUAUCAAAUUGAAAAACUAGCUUCUAAAUCCAGAAUAUUACAUAAUUGCCCCUUUUGCAGCAAGCGAUUCUUAACAAAAAGAAAUUUCGACCAACACACAAAAAUUUGUCAAAAGUACACAUUACUGAAGUGUGAAUUUUGUGAUCAACAAUUUUCAUCUUUGAUGCGAAAACAUUAUCAUGUAAAGAUGAAACACAACAAUGCUUUAACUAAAGAAUCGAAGUGUGAAAUUUGUAACGAAGUGUUCCAAAAUCAAAAGAGUCGAACGUACCACAUCAAGACAAAGCACGCUUUGAAAAAGUUUGUUUGCAAAAUAUGCAACAAAGCUUUUCAUUUUAAAAACGGUCUAGCUACGCACAUGGACACUCACACUAAGGAUCAAUUUAAAGAGAUAUGCCCGGAAUGUGGGAAAGGUUUUCAUUACAGAGGGGGGCUUUUUUAUCACAUGAAGAUCCACAGGAAUGAACGAAACUAUGUAUGCACCUACUGCAGUGCAAGGUUUUUGAACAUAUCCGGAUUGAAAAAGCACAUACGUAUUCACACCGGUGAAAAGCCUUGCCAAUGUGAAUACUGUGGUAAAAGUUUUCGUUCGACAAGUAUUUUGAACAAACACGAGAAAACGCACACAGGUCAUAGGCCUCACAGCUGUAAAUAUUGUGGAAAGGGUUUUAUAUCCACAUACAACCGUAAGGUGCACAUGGCAGGCCACAGCGGGAACCAUCCCUGCGUAUUUUGUGACAAAUCGUUUUUGAAUGAGGAAGUUUUAAAGUUGCAUAUGAAAUUUAAGCAUGCUGUCAAGGAAGACGCUUCGAAAAAGGAAGACAGUGAAUAAUUAAUUAGUAUUUGUUAUUGCGGUCUGAUUUGUUGUACAUUUUCUAAAAUGAUAAUGUGAUUAGAACCCAAAUAAAUUUUAUGAAUAAAUUUUUGUAUCUUUA